AUGUUUAUUUUCGAUGUACAAGAAGGAGUAGAGGUCCGCUUUCGCUAUGAGAUUCCUAGGAAAGAUAGCUCCGAAUGGAUAUCAGCGAUUGAUAAGUGUUUUGAAUCUAUAGAUUUGCCUAUCGUCGGCAAAGAUCGAUCGGAGUACGACAGGAGCAUAUCAGAGAUACUAGUUGAUGAGAAAUCUCUGCGCAUCCCUAGUGUCAAAGUGAGGAUAUUCAAAAGAGGGACGGAUUUCCAUAGUGGUGUUAUCUGGGAAGGAGAUGAUAAAUCAACAGAAUGUUUUGUAAACGAGGAGAAAAAGGUCUACCAUUACCUCCUGAAUGUUCUUGAAAUGGCUUCUUCGAAAGGUAUUCGCGAGCUUAUGAUUCGAACUGAUUCUGCCAGAUUAGUGUUGUCAGCGGAGAAUUGGCUUCCGAUAUGGCACCGCAAUGGUUGGCGAAAUUCGCUGCAUAAACCUAUAGCAGAUGCAGACUUAUGGAAGAAGAUAUGGAGAUUAAAGAAGAAAGUAAAGGUAUUUUGGCAGCUCAUGGAUCCACCUAAUGAAGAUGACAAGAAAGCGGCCGAGAGAUUAUCUGCAAAAUAAUAAAAAAAAACUACUGCACAUUAAACUGAUCUCGAACCGCAGUCGCUGCAUCGACCUUGUUAUGAAAAAGCUCUUUUAUACGCAAUAAUGUUACGUGUUGAGAAUUUAUAGGUAGCCUUUUCAACUACCUACCCAAUAAAAAUUUGAUCCAU